AUGGCCAUUAGCGGCGGGCCGCGCCGAUUGGCCGGUCUCCAGCGGACUCGGCGGCCUAUGCAAAUGAGGCCGCGCUCGCAAUUAGCGGCCGCGCAGGGCGAGGGGCGCCUGCGGGACCCGGCGCGGCGGCGCUCACAUCUCGGCCCAGGCGGCCCGGCGGCUCGGCGCGGGCACUCCUCGGGGCCCGGGGCGGCGGGCGCGGGGCGCGGCGGCCGCGCUGCCCAGGGCGCAGGCGGCAAACUUUGGCGGCGUCCGCGCGGCGCCGUCUCCGCCGGCGCGCCGGGCUCGCCCCUUUAUAGAGAGUCUGCGCCGCCGCCCGCGCCCCGCGCGCGCGCCCCCCCGCCGCCCGGCCGCCCCUCCCGGAGCGAGCGGCCGCGGGCAGGGCUCCGGCCCGGCGCCUUUGUCUCGCCGGCCCGCUCGGGCGCCUCGCCGCCUGCGCUCCGGGCGCGCAAGGCCGGGCGGCGGGCCGGCUCGGCUCCUCCGCGGCGGGUCUGGCUCGGCGCGCCGGCCGCGCUCGGGCUCAGGUGCCCCCGCCUGCGGACCGUCUCUCCUCUCCGGGCUCGCGUCCCCUCCGCGGGCUCCGCCGGCGACCGGCCGGCUCCGACGCUCGCGGCCGGAGCGGAGCGGAGUGCGCACGCCGGGGUGGCGGGACUUCGGCAAGACCAACUUUCCGAAUCUUCUCGAUUCCCAGCCUGCGUUCUCUCGCCCGACUCUAAUUGUGUAAGUUUCACGAAGCAACAGCUUUUGGGCUCCAGGAAAGCGCAGGAAAAUCAGAGGAAGGAAGCGUGCAGGUCGGCAUCGCCUCCAAAGACCACCCCCGCCGCCACAUUUGUCCCCCCUCAAAACAACAACAACAACAACAAAACCCUUAAGAAUUUACAGGACCGGCCAGAGUUGGGGGAAGUCGCAGAGUCGCUGCAGAAAGACGCAGAAGAAGCAAAUGUAGGUUCCCGCCGCGUCGGAAGCCUUUCAGAGGAAGCCGGAGCCCGGCUCCCCCGCAGCCUUCUGGCCCCCACAGCACCGACUCCUCCUCCUCGGUUACUCUGUAUGGUUUUGGAGAGGCUCUCUGAGGUUCCUCCCGUGGAGGCCAGUCUGAGGCCCCGGCCCAGUAUCUGUAACAGCAAGCCCUCGGACUGCAGAGGUGUCGCACAAGGCGUGUCGAGCGUCGUAAGGGAAGGUGCAGCAGGCUCUGCUUGGCGCUGUGGUGGACAGUGGCUCACGGCGAGCGGGCGCGAACGCAGGACUUGCAGCUGCCCCGGCCCGCCUUGCCCGGUGUGAGCACUGGUCCCCACGCGGGCGUGCAGGGUGGAGUGGGCUGGGGGAAGUGGCAGGCUCCACACCGCCCUCUGAGCGCACUGAGCUGGGAUUUCGUUGAGAAAAUCGAGCAGACGUGGAGGAAAGGGUCAGGGAGAAUAUGAAACGAGAACCUUUGCAAAUUCCCCGCCAGGGCUCUGAUGGUGCAGAUCCGUGAAUCUGAGGUGAACCCUUUUAAAAAAUCGACUGGGGUAAACACGAUCAAUAUGUAUAUAUUUAAAAGGUCGAAAGCAAAAUGCGCAUUACCUCCUCCCUUACCUGUUCUGCCUUUCUUGGCUCCCCACCAAGAUGUGGAACUUUUCUUUAAUUGUUUUAACGCGGCGUGGCCAGUUUUGAUGAAAGUGUACAUAUUUUAAGCUUGAGUCACAACAACAGAUUUAUUGUGAGGUGACAGCGUGUCAACAGCAUAUUUUCACAGAUGAGGGACAGGAUUAUCCUCCAGUCGUGCCUAGAUUAAGGGCAAGCACCGGAAUGUGUGUCUGAGGUGCAGACACGGACUCGUGCAUGCAGAACUCAUAGACUCACCGUCACGUGACCGCUGCCUAUUAAAAUAUUGUAAUACCUAAAUACUGUUGCAAAAACAAAAGUUGCUUUUCUUCUCUAUAAUUAAAUCUAAUGUGUUAAUUGUC